AAACUUGAAGGUAUUGCAAUCUGAUUUCAACUCUACACAAGGAAGAAAGAAAGAAACAAAUGUUCAAGGACAAGAGUCCCGGCGUGAAGAUACUAUGGAUCUGGACCAUCGGCACUGCCGCCAUCAUGGUUACCAAUGUUGUUAGGACUAGGCUAAAAGACAUGGAAAAGGUCAUGAACGCCGGAGAAGAACGCACUGGUGUUGACUCUGUUGUAGUAAUUGACGGUUCACCCAGUUCCCGCGAAGUUGUUGGAGACCAGAAGUCAUCAUCAGAGGCGGUUUGAAUCCCAACAUUUUUCAAAUUCAAUUUCAGUUUUGCACUUGUAUUUGUUUCUCAACUUGGUUAGUUUCUUUAUGGAAUGGAUUUCAAAUUUUUUGUGGUAUAUGGGCUUUAUGGUAUGUGUUGACGGAGAGAUUAAUGGGGGCAUCAUGUAGAUUACAUGUUCGAUGAAUGGUCUGAAUGACAUUGUUGAAAGCAGGGACAGAAUAGGAAAAGACUAUUGGGGGCAUGGCCCCUGUUUGUGUAAA